UAUAAACUGGUUAGUUCGGCCGAUUGAACUAAUUUUGAUCGGUGAAAACAUAAAUGGCGACCCAUCCGGCUCCGUUCAAAACAAUGCGUUAAACUUUCGAAAAUAUUUUAGUUGUUAGAGAGGAAACACACAAACGAAACUGUCAUUUCUAAUCAAAAUCAAAAACUAAAAAUCUUCAAUCAAAAUAAAAAAAACUGUUAAUGGCGAUGGAGGAGAAGAAGGAAGCUCCUCCUCUCACCAUUUUCAAAGAUCUCAAUUUUCUUCUUCAGUCGUUGUAAUUGUUUGUCAAGUUGAGGUUUUUUUUUUUAAUUUGGUGAUGGAAAAAUAAGGGGAGGGUAUUGGUUUGUGGUGAAGUGUGAAAAAAAGGUUAAUGUCUUGUGGUGGAGGAGGAGGAGGAGGAGGAGGAAGAGGAGAGGAGAAGCAAUGGAAUUGUAGAAAACCGGGAUCAGUCAAUUUGCAACGAGUUGGUUCAAUUGUUCGCGAUAUUGGAGACCCUUGUUUAGCUCAAUCCACUAUAAAGGUAAGCAGAAUGCUUAAACCAGACAAGUGGCAAACAACUUUUGAUAGUGAUGGGAAAGUUUCUGGUUUUCAUAAAGCACUCAAGUUGAUUGUUUUAGGGGGUGUGGAUCCAGCUAUUAGGCCAGAAGUUUGGGAAUUUCUACUUGGUUGUUAUGCUCUGGGAAGCACUGCUGAGUAUCGGAGGCAGCUGAGGACAUCCCGGAGAGAGCGCUACAAGGAUCUGAUACAACAGUGCCAAAUGAUGCAUUCAAGUGUAGGAACUGGUGCCCUUGCAUAUGCUGUGGGAUCCAAAGUUAUGGAUAUGAGAACAUCAUCCAAGGAUGACAGAAAAUUGGAAGCUAAAGUCGAACAUAGACGUGCUUCUGCUGAUACUACUGAGAAAUUAGAGAGAUAUAGUGAUUGGAAUAAUAGCUGUACAGAAACAUCACAUGCAUGUGAUAGAGAGAGUUCCAGUGAUUCUGGUGAGCUUGUCAGUAUGAGGGGAAGUGUGGAAAGUGCAGCAUAUGAUUAUUCUUGUUUUUUACCUACUUCUAUCCCAUAUAGUGGUUCCCCUGAAGGAGGGGGUGAAUCUCUUGGAUCGCGAUAUGUAGCAGGGAGUUAUUUAAAUUUUCCUUCUUUACCUGUUACAGAUUUAUUUAAUCGGGGAGGAGAAGAUACAGAGGAUGGUGUUAUGCAUGAUAUUGAACCUUCAACACUACCAGAAUUGAGAUUUAGAGACGAUAAAAUGCACAGUUUUCAAAUUAAUAACAACAUAGGUUUAAUUGUCGAUUCCAAUGGUUCACCAUCUAACUAUGUUUCUCAUCACAUCUCUGAAAUUGAAAUAGUUCAUCACGAUGAUCAUGAACCUAUAAUACGGUCAAAUAGUCAGUGUUACAAAAAAGAAGUAGUGAACAGAUUGAGAAUAUCUGAUGCUCCAGAAACACCCAUGUCAAAGGUAACAUCUCAAGAAGGGGCUACUGGAGAAGACAGAGUAACUGAAUGGCUUUGGACAUUGCAUCGGAUAGCUGUUGAUGUGGUACGAACAGAUAGUCAUCUUGAAUUCUACGAGGAUAAGAAGAAUUUAGCUAGGAUGUCUGAUAUCCUUGCUGUCUAUGCGUGGAUUGAUCCUGCCACUGGUUACUGUCAAGGUAUGAGCGAUUUGCUAUCUCCUUUUGUCCUUCUCUUUGAGGAUGAUGCUGAUGCAUUUUGGUGCUUUGAGAUGCUUCUUAGGAGGACGCGUGAAAAUUUUCAGAUGGAAGGACCAACUGGAGUGAUGAAGCAGUUGCAAGCAUUGUGGCAUAUCUUGGAAUUCACAGAUAAGGAAAUGUUUACACAUUUGUCACGUAUAGGUGCUGAAAGCCUGCAUUUUGCAUUUCGAAUGCUAAUGGUUCUUUUCCGACGGGAGUUAUCUUUUGAUGAGGCUCUUCAGAUGUGGGAGAUGAUGUGGGCUGCUGAUUUUGAUGAAACCUUGGCCUGUGAUUUAAUGGAGAACUGCCUGGAGGCACUGGUACUACCUCUUCCGAGAAAUUCUGUACUGGAAAUGGAAAAAGAAAGCAUGGAAAAUAGUAAUGGUAGCUCAAAUGACAGCUCACAAAUAAAGGAUGGAAACAUUGAGCACCCUGUGUCUGAGAAUGCUGCAAUAAAGUCAGGCUCAGCUUAUCCUUUAUGUGGUUUGACAAGGGGGUUUUGGUCAAGAAGUGAACCCAUGCAGAUAAGUGCUGCAGUCUCAUCAACUAAGAACGGGGAUGAUGAAUUACCUGUCUUCUGUGUGGCAGCAAUUCUUAUUAUGAACCGUCAGAAAAUCAUUCGAGAAACUCGCUCAAUUGACGAUAUGAUUAAGAUUUUCAAUGAUAAAUUGCUGAAGAUUCAUGUCAGAAGAUGCACCCGCUUGGCUGUCAAGCUUCGAAAGAAGUAUUUUUACAAGCUGAUUAGAAACAGGAGUCCUUCAUCUCAGAAUGGUGACUAGGUUCCACCAUUCUUUAAGUAAUAGAAGGAAGUACGGUUUGUGAUCCAAAGUUUGAGUUGCUAUGCAGUAAUGUGGAUCUUUUACAAUGUAAUCUUUGCUGCUGCUGCCACUCAAAGUCUUAGUUCAAUUCUAUGUACUUUCAUUCUCUCCUCCAUGACUUUUGCGAGCAAGUGGAGGAAGGAUCAAUACGUGCAGAGUUCUUUUUUAAUGCUUGUGGUUGCUGACAAUUUAGCUGUUACGGAUACUUCAGACAGGUUGAUUUUUCGGGGUGAAGUGAGAUUCAUACCUAGAAGGGUCACCAAAUCCAGCUCAUCUAAGUUUUUAGAUUUGAAUGCGUCAUUUAACGAGAUGGAUGGUGAUGGGAGGUCGACUGAUGCAGCUGUAGAUGUCAUGUCAUUCCGUCUCUUCUUCCUGUAUAUACCGGAUAAGAUGGUGCACCUGCCUGUUGAUUUAUCGGAUAAUUAUGGAAAAUUUUCCCAGUUCCCAUGUUUUUUCAUUUUUGAUAAAGAAGAUGAUUUCCAUUUGUAAUUUAGGGGAAAGUUUUAUAUGAAAUAUUCUUAUGAAAUGAAAGACGAGGAAUGUCUUACCA